AUGGCUGAGAACAGCUGGCCAGGAAAGGGUGUUUGCUGGAAGCUAAGUGGAACCAGAUGUUGGGUGGAAUCCUUUGGCACUCCUGCUGCUUGGCUGGGGGCCAGGAAUUCGGCGUGGGGGGCUGAAGGAGGGGAGCCAGUGCGCACUCUCCCAGGGAGCAAGCGCCCGCCAUUCUUGCUCUGCACCCAGCCGGAAUUGGGGGUGUUUGAGUUAACCGCCCCGACAAGGCAAGCAGGGUGCCGGUGUGUGCCAGGCAGCUGUCAGUGUGGCAUAAGGAUGAAACCCAUUUCAUGUCUGCUCCUGGCAACGCUCCUGAGAACUGCAAUUUCACAAGAACCGGAGGAACCCGACACCUACACGGAAUGCACUGACGGCUAUCAGUGGGACUCCGAGACCCAGCACUGCAAAGAUGUGAACGAGUGCGAGACAAUCCCCAAUGCCUGCAAAGGGGAGAUGAAAUGUAUCAACCAUUAUGGCGGUUACCUCUGCCUCCCUCGCUUAGCCACAGUUAUCAACGACGUGAACGCAGAAAGAGCCUCCCCUCCCAGCCCGCCCCGGCCGAGGCACCCCUGGCCCCCACACCCCGCCUCCCGACAGAACUCUUGCCCCCAGGGCUACGAGCCAGAUGGACAAGGAUCCUGUUUGGACACGGACGAGUGUGAAUACGAUUUGCACGACUGUCAGCCCAGCCAACAGUGCAUCAACAUACCAGGCGGCUUCCACUGCCAGUGCCCAGAUGGCUACCGGAAGAUUGGCACGGAGUGUGUGGACAUUGAUGAAUGUCGGUACCGCUACUGUCAGCACCGCUGCGUCAAUUCCCCUGGCUCUUUCUCCUGCCAGUGUGAACCCGGCUUCCAGCUGGCCAGCAACAACCGUUCGUGUGUCGAUGUGAAUGAAUGUGAGAUGGGGGCCCCCUGCGAGCAGCGCUGCUUCAACACCUACGGAACGUUCAUCUGCCGAUGCAACCAAGGCUACGAACUGGACCACGAUGGCUUUACCUGCAAAGACAUCGACGAAUGUAGCUAUUCCACCUACCUGUGCCAGUACCAGUGUGUGAACGAGCCAGGGCAUUUCUCGUGUGCCUGCCCACAAGGAUAUCAGCAACUGAGCACCCGCCUUUGCCAAGAUAUUAAUGAGUGUGAAACGGGAGCCCAUCAGUGCACGGACUCUCAGAACUGCAUCAACUUUCACGGUGGCUAUCGCUGUGUUGAGAAGAACCGCUGCCAGGAACCAUAUGUGCAGGUCUCUGAAAACCGCUGCCUCUGCCCAGCCACAAACCCCCUCUGCCGAGAUAAUCCAUCGUCCAUCGUCCACAGAUAUAUGAGCAUCACAGCUGAUCGAACGGUGCCCUCUGACAUCUUCCAGAUCCAAGCCACUAGUGUCUACCCUGGGGCUUACAACACUUUCCAGAUUCGUUCAGGAAGUGACCAAGGCGAAUUUUACAUCCGGCAAAUCAACAACAUCAGUGCGAUGCUGGUCUUGGCCCGGCCUGUGACGGGACCCCGGGAAUUUGUGCUGGAUUUGGAGAUGGUCACCAUGAACACCCUGAUGAGCUAUCGGUCCAGCUCGGUGUUGCGUCUCACCGUCUUCGUGGGAGCCCAUUCCUUCUAAUCAAGCAGAAACGUCCCUUCGCCUGGCUGG